UCGGCUCGUUCCUAACCCAACCUUUAAUUGUUUUUGUAUUGUUGGCCCUUUCUCUUAUCUUGUUCGCCAAACUCAACCGUCUCUGUAUUGAUAGAACUCAAGCCCUAGUUUUUUAUUCGAUCCCUACUUGGACGAUGGAAUUAUCAAUAUAUUCCAGCCUCUCUCCAUCUCAUCUCAUAGAUAAAUUAUGGAAGACUAUUCAGACCGAAUCUCUUGCUCCACCUUCACUCACAGUCACUUCAUGAUAGGAUCGAAGCCCUAACUUGUGAAAAUGUUUUCGCUCUUUCCAUCAAGCCUCUUGUAGUUGGCUAUCGGAGCAAACCCUAACCCCUAAAGAAGAAACCCUAAGUUUGGAAUCCUCCAUUAGAGACGGGAAGGUGUGUUCAGCGAUUUGCAGACGACCGCUGCUGCUAGAGUUGGCCAAAGGAGUUCUAUUUUUGAAGAGGAUGCCUACGAACAGGUUAGAGAUUUCAAUUUUGUUGAUGUAUUUACGAAAUUAGGGUUGAGCUUUGAUGUGUAGUACAAAAUUGGGGUUAGGGUGGGGUAGUGACGUCUCUUUUCCUUCUGUUUGGGGCAUGUAGUAUAUGGAUUUCAGAAUUCAGAGUACAUUUCUGGGUUUUUUUUUUUUUUUUCAAAGACUACAUUUCUGGUUCAAAUUACAACUAAAUUAAGAUAUAUUAUAUAUCUGUUUAAUUAUUGGGAGGAAUCUUUAGAGAUACUCUGUGGGUGAAUUGAUGCUUUUUGAAAGUUGGACUUGAUGGUUUUCAAAUUUUAUUUUUCCUUAUCGAUUGACGAUUUUAAAAAAUGGAUUAGUACAGUUUUAUCAUCAAACCACUCGAUUUUAUGACAUAUAUAGAUUGUAAUUUGUAGGUAUGGUAGGUUUUGUCCUUCUUGUUAAUGGAGUGAGAUUAAUUGAAGAAUUGUUAGAAUUAAGUGAAGAGUUGUGCUGGAAAAUGAAACAAAAAAUGCUGAUUUUAGAACUGAAAUCUCUAUACUUAGAACUGUUAUCUUUUAAAUUAAAUUUUGGAUAUGAAAGUACAAUUGUUAAUCAGUUUACAGGUUUUUGUUUGGCUCAAAUUGAAUGAAUUUUGAAAGUAUUAUGGAUUUUCAAAGUUGAUGUUAACAUGCUGUCAAAACUGUUUUGUGGGCAGAAUUUUUCCUAUCUUUUCCUUCAAACCUGAUUUAAUUGAUAAGAAAUUUAAAUUGAUAGAAGAAAAAUAUAGUAGUCUUUAAGCUUCCAUUGGACUUUGGUUUCAUGCAAAUUGGUUGAGAAUUUAAUUUUUUAUGAAUUUUCAAAAGGAAGUACGUUUUGCUGGGAAAAACUAUUUCAAACAGAUUUUUGGGCUUCCUUCUGAUUUAUUUGUUUAUUGUAGGAAGUUCAUGAAACCUAAGUGCGAACUAAUCUGAUCCAUAUUUAAUUGUUGAAGUAGAAGGUUGUUUAAAGCUAUUUUGCAUACAAAAAAACAAAAAAAACUCAGAUAGAAAAUGCAGCGUGACUAUCUAAAAAAUUUAUAAAUUAAAAUUGUCAGCUAAAUAAAAAGGUCAAGUCUAAAAUUUGCACAUCACACAACAAAGGGUAGAAAAUGAAAAGGGUGCAAUAUUAUUGAGAAUUGGUAGCACUAUCAACUAAAAAAAAUAUCAACACUACCAAUACAUUGGGCUUGCAUUAAAGAGCUUAGCUAUCUAUUGCGUGCUAUAUAUAUUCAAAUGUGUUCAAAAUUUUUGAAGUUUUUUGUGUUACAUGGAUACCUUUUGUCUUCCCCAACUUAAAUUAAAAGAAUAAUUAACAUAGCAAGUGGGCAGAAGCAAUGCUUGACAUAUAUGUGGUAAUGAUAUAAUUAUGUUGGCAUUUUGUUUCAUUUUUAGGUCUACUCAGUCCACCAUUCAAGAAGGAAAAAUAGUAAAAGUAAAGCAGCCAAUGAAGAAUUCAAGAUAAGUAAUAAUAGAAAAUAAAGAUACAUCUUAACCAACAAUAUCUAAGGAGAAAUUAAUGUGGAUUUCUAUCAUAGAUUAAGACAGGAACCAAAAUAAUCAACGACUCAAUAAUUCCAAUAAUCUUUUAGUCACCCUAUUUUUCUUGAUACAUAAUAUUUGAUAAAAUAAAUUAAUGAAAAGUUUCACCUAGGAAUUUUAAUCAAAGUUGGAUACAUUUGCAUUAGAAAUGGUGCUAUAGUGGCAGUACAAGUGGAAGGUGGGGUGUACAAAGAAGAAGAUGAAGAAGUGGGAGGAAAAAGGAGGAGGCGGAGGCGGAGGAGGUGGUGGUGGCGGUGAUGGCGAUAGGAUGUUUAAUGAUUGUCUACAUUGAAAUUCAGAACAACUUUGCUGAAAAUUCCAGAUGAGUUGAUUUAUCUUUUCUAUUGGUGUUCUUAUUUUCUAUUUAUAUUUUUCUUUCAUGUAGCAUAUUUUGAAAACUUAGCUUUUUGUUCAGUUUUUUGACAUAAGCACUAAUUGUAUUUAUUCAUUGUUGGUUUUGCAUUUUAUAAGAAUUCAAGCUUUUUUUGUUUAAUACGGUUUAAGUAGUUUAUGUCCAGAUCUUUGAACUCUUUAUUUAGGAUUCUAUAACUCAUUUUUGUGAAAGAUCUUGGAACAUUAUAUUUAGGAUACUAGCUUGUUUUUGUCCAGAUGCUAAGACUCAUUUUUUGUGCGAUGGGCUUUAUUGUAUAUUUUGUAAGCAAUACUUUUUUUGUUGGUGUGGCAUAUGUAAUAUCAAGUAUUUAUUUAUUUGUAUAAUCAUUUUGAUGUGUGAUUAAAUUUUAUUUUUGAUAUUGUUUAUAAUGUUAAUAAUUUUUAGGUUUUAAGGUGCCAUAUUAAUAUGUUAUUAAUAUAUAUAAAUUCAAAAAAAAAUUAAUAUAUUGUAAAAAUGGGAACAUUUUCCACGAAUAAAUUUUGUGACCUAUUUUGGAUAUUUGCUACGACAUACAUUUGUGACCGAUUAAAAUUAUAGUUAUGAAUAAACUCUGUGGCCUAUUUUGGGUAAUUGCCACUACAUAUAUUCGUGAGCAAUUAAAAUUAUAGCCAUGAAUAAACUUCGUGGCUUAUUUUGGAUAGUUGCCACGACAUAUAUUCGUGUAUAUUCGUGGGCAAUUAAAAUUAUAGUCACGAAUAAACUUUGCGGCCUAUUUUGGAUAUUUGCCACGACAUAUAUUCGUGGGCAAUUAAAUUUAUAAUCACGAAUAAAUUACGUAGGAAAAGACCUAUUCUAUCACGAUAAAUAUUUUUGUGACAAAAUUAUUGAAUUAGCCACGAUUAAUUCCUAUAUCGGGAUUGCUACUUGCCACGAAAAAUCCACAAUAUAGCUUGUGGCAAUAGAAGGUAUUUUACCACGAGUUCAAAUAUGUGGCAAAAGUUCCACAUUUUGCCACGAAAAUUUUUAGUCGAGGUUAUUGGCAUUCUGUGACGGGUCUACAUCCACGACCGAGCCACGAGCUAUUUCUUGUGGCUAAAAGGCUUUCGCCACGAAAUUUGAAAGUUUUUGCCACUAAGUGUCUUGUGGCAAGAACCCAAAUUUGUGAUCUACAUCAAACCAUUAGCCUCCCGAUCCCAUUUCCUCACAGAGAAGACAAAUACAAAUGGGGACCCUCUUUAUCUGGGGAAUUUUCAAUAGCAAAUACUAUGAAGUUCCUAAACCAUCAUAUAUCUUCACUUCCGUGGCCUCAUCUGCUGAGAUGGUCCAACAAUUCCUAAACACUCAUUUACCUUGAAUAGAUCGACUCGUACUUCACACUUGAACACAUUACUUUGUGUUCUGUGCAAUACGGAACGUGAAUCACAUGACCAUCUUUUUUUUUUCAAAUGUUCCUUUGUUAUUCCCAUGAGGACAUCUUUUCAAGCACAUUGCAGAUUCUAUACAUUCCCACAUUCUUGGAUAGAGUUAAUAGCUUGAUGUGCUUACCACUGGAGAGGGAAUAACCUGAAUCGUGAAUUCUCUAUAUCUAGACUUGCUCUUGCUUCAUUAGUCUGUGAGAUAUAAAUUUGUAAUUGAAAAAUUUUGUUGUCACGUGUAUAUCUCUCUCUCCACAAUAUGUCACACACGUCAUGACACAGUAGGGUUGAUACACAACCCAAUACUUAUUAACAACUUACACCCCAAGUUUAGAGCUUUUUGGAAACAAAUCUUCAAUUUGGGAAACAAAUAUUGGACCUUCUUAUUAUAUGUCGAUCAAACUAGCUAUGAUUUCGAUCGAUCAAAAGAAGUCAGGUUCCAGCGAGAUUUUUCUUGCUCUCGGGAUCUCAAACAUAAUUCUGUCAAUUGAAGUGGGGCUUGGGUUGAUCGAUCGAAACUUCGAUCGACACAAUAAUACUUGCAUCAAAACUUGUGAUUUAGGCUCCACAACCUCAACAUUAUUUGUGUCGCACUAAAAUGAAAACUUUACAAAGAUCCAAUUUGAAAUCUAAUUCUAUUUAAUUCCAAGUUAUCAAAUUUAAAACGCAUUUCUAUAUCUGAAUUUAAAAAUGUGUUGGAUAUGGAUAUUUUUCUUCUAGAAUGUUUAUCUUCCAACGAUUUCAAAAAAAAAAGUGCUGGAAGCAGAUCUUGAGUUGCAAUCCUAUGAAAUUGCAACUUAAAUAUCUUUCUACUGGGGAAGUACCACUAAACUACCCUUCUUGCUCUUUCUGACUUAUUUGAAUCAUCUCGCAUUCAUAUCUUAUAUCUAGGGUUCUUGUACCAACACAUACAGUUAAUUUAGAAUUUUUUUAACUUGAAAAUUUUACGACACUCUGAAGGUACCAUACCGGAGUCCCCCUUGGUAGAUACGAAUCCUUUUCCCAUUUUCCAGUAAUAUGAGGUAAUGUUCCGUUGGACCCCACCUUUUCUUGGUACUGACUCUCACAUGAUAAGACCACCUGUAGAUUUGUCUUGAAUAUUUUGGAUGGUUCUCAAAGUUUGUGUUCUCUAGCUUUUAAGGUUUUGUUUGUUUAGCCUAAUUUUUCCUUUGUCUCAUCCUUCAUGUGCAUAGUCAUUGUCUCUACAUGUAAAAUCAAAUGGAAAAAACCAAUUAGAAUACGCCAUGAUUACAUAUUUCUAAAUUUUACCUCUUGCCAAAUGCCUACAUCCAACAGAAAAAACCAAUUAUCAUGUGACGAUUAGAAUUGAUUUUCUAAAUGUUACCGCUUGCCAAAUGCAUUCAUCCAAUAGAAGAUAUAAAUAGGGCCCACUUAUCCCAGGUAUAAAUAUGCCCAUUCAUCCCAUUCUAGUAGUAGAAACCAUACACGGAGUAGAUUGCUUUGUUCAUAAGGAGAUCCUUGGAUUUAGCUCUCCAGAGGAACAAGUUAUGCUGCUCUUUUUGCAAACUCUAUUUUACUAUGUCCCUCCAUUGUUGUUAUCCAUAUUCUUCCUUUCAAAAUGGUUGUCCUCUGCUAAAACCAAAAGAAAUCUGCCACCUUCUCCACCAAAGCUCCCAGUUAUUGGAAACCUCCACCAACUUGGCGUGUUCCCUCAUCGCUCCCUCCGAUCAUUAGCUCAACAAUAUGGCCCACUCAUGCUGCUUCACUUCGGCAGCAAGCCAGUUCUAAUUGUCUCCUCUGCUGAUGCAGCUCGCGAGAUCAUGAAAUCCCAUGAUCUCAUCUUCUCAAACAGACCUAAAUCAAGCAUUGCCAGGAGAGUUUUCUAUGAUAAGGACGUUGCGUUCACUCCUUAUGGAGAGUAUUGGAGGCGAGUAAAAAGCAUUUGUGUGCUCAACCUUUUGAGUAAUAGGAGGGUUCAGUCUUUCCGUAGAGUGAGAGAAGAAGAAACAGCCCUUUUGAUCGAGAAGAUCAAACAGGCUGCUUUUUCUUCUUCUUCACCGGUGGAUUUAAGUGAAAUGUUUGUUUCACUUACGAAUGAUGUAGUGUGUCGGGUAGCCUUAGGGAGGAAGUACGGUGAAAUAUCAAAAAGUGGUAGAAAGUUUAAGGAUCUUUUGAGAGAUACUGGGGAACUAUUGGGUGAAUUCAAUUUGGGGGACUAUAUUCCUUGGCUUGUGUGGUUGAAUCAAAUCAGCGGUUUAAAUGCUAGAGUCGAGAAAAUUGCUAAAGAGCUCGAUGAAUUUUUAGAGGGUGUAAUUGAAGAUCAUAUUGAUAGUAAGAAAAAAGAGAGCAAUGAUGGUGGGAGUGGUGAUCAAGAUAAAAAACACCAGGACUUCGUGGAUGUCUUGCUUGAGAUUCAAAGAGAGAACACGGAUGACUUUCUUCUUCAUAGAGACAGCAUCAAAGCUAUCAUCUUGGAUAUGUUUGGGGCUGGAACUGAUACUACAUUCACAGCUCUAGAGUGGACGAUGUCAGAGCUCUUGAGACAUCCGAAAGCCAUGAAAGAACUACAACACGAGGUGCGAGUAAUUGCCAGAGGCAAGCUAGAAAUAACGGAGGAUGAUGUAGAGAAAAUGCAAUACUUGAAAGCAGUGAUGAAGGAGUCCUUAAGGUUACAUCCUCCAACCCCAUUACUAGUUCCCAGGGAAUCAACCCAAGAUGUCAAAGUAAUGGACUACGACAUUGCAGCUGGCACACAAGUGUUUAUUAAUGCGUGGGCAAUUGCGAGAGACCCAUUGUUGUGGGAAGACGCUGAAGAUUUCCAGCCAGAGAGGUUCUUGAAUACUUCUAUAGAUUUUAAAGGGCAUGACUUCAAGUUUAUUCCAUUUGGAGCUGGCCGUAGGGGUUGUCCGGGCAUCCAAUUUGCCACAAGUGUCAAUGAGCUUGCAUUAGCAAAUCUUGUUCAUAAGUUUGAUUUUGCAUUGCCGGAUGGGGCAACAGAAGAGGAUUUUGACAUCACUGAAGCCCCUGGUAUAAGUGUCCACAAAAAAUAUCCCCUACUUCUUGUUGCAACGCCAUGUUCGAUCUCUUGUUAGUGUACUUGCUACAUGAUGGAUGGAAAUUGUACUUGGUAAAGCUUUAUGACCUGUAUAAAAAAUAAGUGUUUAAAUAAAAUGAUAAAUUAAGAAAAAAAUAACUUUACAAUUUCUAUUUAUUUAUAAACAAUGCAAGAAUUAUAAACAAAGUCAGAAGAGGGUUGCAACUACCCCUGGCCUUGCCGUGUAAGUUUUUUUUUUUUUUUAAGGGCAUUCCCCUUCUCCAAUCAAAUUCUAAUUUUUUAUUUUC